GCCGCGGGCGCCAUGAGCCAGGGCGGCGGGGCCGCCGGCGAGAGCGGCGAGCCGGAGGCCAAGGUGCUGCACACCAAGCGGCUGUACCGGGCAGUGGUUGAGGCCGUGCAUCGACUGGAUCUCAUCCUUGGCAAUAAGGCAGCGUAUCAGGACGUGUUCAAGCCAGAGAACAUCAGCUUGAGGAACAAGCUGCGGGAGCUGUGCGUGAAGCUGAUGUUCCUGCAUCCAGUGGAUUAUGGAAGAAAAGCAGAAGAACUGCUCUGGAGAAAAGUUUACUAUGAAGUUAUCCAGCUCAUUAAAACAAAUAAAAAGCACAUCCACAGCCGCAGCACUCUGGAGUGCGCGUACCGGACUCACCUGGUGGCUGGCAUAGGGUUUUACCAGCACCUCCUGCUCUACAUCCAGUCCCACUACCAGCUGGAGCUGCAGUGCUGCAUCGACUGGACGCACGUGACAGACCCUCUAAUAGGCUGCAAGAAGCCCGUGUCUGCGUCGGAGAAGGAGAUGGAGUGGGCGCAGAUGGCAUGUCACCGAUGUCUAGUUUACCUGGGAGAUCUAGCUCGCUACCAGAAUGAGCUGGCAGGUGUGGACACGGAGCUGCUGGCGGAGCGGUUUUACUAUCAAGCCCUUUCUGUUGCACCACAAAUUGGAAUGCCCUUCAACCAGUUGGGGACAUUGGCAGGCAGCAAAUACUACAAUGUGGAAGCAACCUACUGCUACUUACGCUGCAUCCAGUCUGAAGUGUCCUUCGAAGGUGCCUAUGGGAACCUGAAGCGGCUGUAUGACAAAGCAGCCAAGAUGUAUCACCAGCUGAAGAAAUGUGAAACCAGGAAGUUGUCUCCAAGCAAGAAACGAGGCAAAGACAUUAAGAGGUUGCUGGUGAGCUUCAUGUACCUGCAGAGUCUUUUGCAGCCAAAGAGCAGCUCUCUGGAUUCUGAGCUGACGUCUCUCUGCCAGUCUGUGCUGGAGGAUUUCAACCUGUGCUUGUUCUACCUGCCCUCUCCUCCUAAUCUGGGCUCAAGUAGUGAAGAUGAAGAAGAGUAUGAGAGCGGCUACUCCUUCCUUCCUGAUCUCCUGAUCUUUCGCAUGGUCAUCAUCUGCCUUAUGAGUGUUCACAGCCUCAAGAGGGCAGGUUCCAAGCAGUACAGCGCAGCCAUUGCCUUCACGCUGGCCCUCUUCUCUCACCUGAUAAAUCACGUCAAUAUUCGCCUCCAAGCAGAGCUAGAAGAAGGGGAAAAUCCCGUCCCAGCCUUUCAGAGUGAUGGCACAGAUGAUCAGGAGUCACGGGAGCCUGUGAACUCAAUUGAGAAGGAAGCUGAAGCUGAGCUGGCCAAUCAUCAGCCCAGCGAGGAACAGAGGAAGAACAACUGCAAGAAAAGCAAGAAAUACUCCCGGCUCUCCUGUCUGCGCCGCCGCCGCCACCCCCAGAAAGCGGACGAGAGCGACCUGAGCGAGGGCUUUGACUCUGAUUCCAGCCAGGGCUCCAUCAAGGGCAGCGAUGGCUCAGAGAGUGGCUCAGAGAAGAGUGAUGAGGAAGCAGAAGCUGCUUUUGAUGUGGAGACAGACUCUGACAUGAACAGCCAAGAGUCUCGGUCUGACUUGGAGGACAUGGAGGAUGAGCCGGGUGAGGAGGGAAGCAGCCGAGGCAAAAGUGGGCCCAAAGGGGCCUUAAAAAACUGUGUGGAUGGUAGUGGGCUGGGGGACUCCAAGAGCCCAAGCAUCUCUAAAAUUGAGGCAGCAGAUCCAGCAGUCAAUGGGCCAGCUUCCCUGAGCACUAACGAUGCAAGCAUAGCCAGUAACCUGCAGGCCAUGUCCACCCAGCUGUUCCAGACCAAACGCUGCUUUCGCUUGGCCCCCACGUUCAGCAACAUCCUCCUGAAACCCAGCAGUGAACCACCUGCCUUGAAGGACGGGAUAGAGAGCAAGCCAUGUGUCAACGGAGAUCUGGAGAAGCCCAGCUUGGCAGAGCAAGAUGAUGUGUCUGACUCUGAGGAAAGCAUUUCAAGUAACAAAUCCUGCAGGAAUGAGCGAUCCCUUCAGGAGAGGCUGGAGAUCGUAACCAACGAGGGGCUGCUGCUCACUGUCAAGGUGUUCCUGGACUGGCUGAGGACGAACACAGACCUCAUCAUCAUGUGUGCUCAGAGCUCCCAGAGCCUGUGGAACAGGCUAUCUGUGCUCCUGAACCUUCUGCCUUCUGCUGCAGACCUGCAGGAAUCAGGGCUGGCCCUGUGUGAUGAAGUCAAGGACAUCCUGAGUGAGGCUGAGCUCCCAGACCUGAAGGCCAGCCUCCUGCUCCCAGAAGAUGUGGCCCUGCGCAAUCUCCCCCCUCUGAAAAAUGCACACAGGAGGUUUAACUUUGAGCAGGACCGGCCCAUUUUCUCAGCAGUUGAGGAGUCUGUCGUGCGGAUCUGCUGCAUUCGGAGCUUUGGUCACUUCAUUACCCAUCUCCAGGGCAGCAUCCUGCAGUUCAACUCGGAGCUUGGGAUCUUCAUCAGCAUAGCACAGUCGGACCAAGACAACUUGCUGCACCAGGCCCAGGCCCAGUUUCACAUGGCUGCAGAGGAAGCUCGUCGGAACAGGCUCAUGAGAGACAUGGCUCAGCUUCGACUGCAGCUGGAGGUGUCUCAGCUGGAGGGAAGUCUCCAGCAGCCCAAAGCACAGUCAGCCAUGUCUCCUUACCUUGUCCCGGACACCCAGGCCCUUUGCCAGCACCUGACCCUUGUCAAGCAGCUGGCCACCAGCGGGAGGUUCAUAAUCAUCAUCCCUCGCACAGUUAUUGAUGGCUUAGACUUCCUGAAAAAGGAGAACGCUGGUGCUCGGGACAGCAUCCGGUACCUGGAGGCAGAGUUUAAAAAGGGAAACAGGUACAUUCGUUGCCAGAAGGAUGUUGGGAAGAGCUUUGAGAGGCAUAAAUUGAAGAGACAAGAUUUAGAUGCCUGGAAUCUCUAUAAAAUACUGGACAGCUGCAAACAACUGACAGUGUCCCAAGGGAGUGGAGAGGACGACACCACGGGAAUGGUCACCAUCAUCACAGGCUUCCAGCUGGAGGACCCAAGCACAUUUUCGGUGCCCAUGCAGUCUGCCAUCCAGGCAGCCGCCAAUGCCAGUGUAGAAAUAAAAAAUGUUCUGGAGUUCUACAAGCAGUGGAAAGAGAUGGGCUGAUGGUCAGAAAGGCAUCGGGUUGGUGAACCUUUCUCUCCCCCUCUCGGAACGUGCAGCGUCUGACCGAAGGAAACAACAAUCUGGGCGACACUUAGACACGAAGAAGCAGCAGCAGCAGCAACAGUAACAAAAAUACCUACCCAAACGAAUUAAAAAACAAAAAAAAUCCAAUGUGGGCACGCACACAGACACCCUCCACCUGCAUCCUGACCAGACGGCUGUACAGCUCCGAUGGCGCCAACUGCUCUGAGAGAGGCCCCUCGGCACCGCCGGGGCAGAGCUCUGCCCUUCUCCCAGUCGGCAGAGAUGGGCGAGAGACGGGCAGUCUUUCAUCCCCCUCCUUCCUCCAAAAGCUUGCUUGGCCAGCAGAAUGGGCCGGUGGUUCAGAGCGUGGACUUGACUUCAGCGAAACCAAACCAGCAUGGCGGAAACGGAGCCCUCCAGCUUGGGAAAGAAGAUCCAAAGAGUGUUUUACUCUUGUUUGGCAAUCUGGGGACAGGAAAGCAGAUAGUCUUUUUUUUUCUUUUUUUUUCCCCUCCUUUGAAUUAAUUAUUUUUCAAGGGACUUUUUUCCUUUUAAUUCUUCAGUUUUAUAUAUAUAAGUAAUAUUAAAAAAAACAGGAAAAAGAGGAUUUCCCUUGGGGUUCUGGAUACUCUUCCAGUGUCAGAGAGAAAAGGAAACAAUUAUGCUAUUUAAAAGGGGGGGAAAGCUCUUAAUAUAAUUUUUUUUGUCUUAGAACAAGCAUAUUUAUUUCCUUUCCCAGUCCCCAAUGGAGCGGGCUCAGUGCAAAGGGAUGUGGGCCUGCAAGGAGAGAGCAGCCCCAUGGUGCACAUCCCCCUCUCCCUACGAGCCACACACUUCACGAGCGACAUGAGCUUGGCUGUGCUGCUCCAGGGAGGCCACAGGACUCUCUGCCUUUAUCCCCAGUCUCUCCCACUUUGCUUCCAACAUUAGACCUCGGAGGAAAGGAGCAAUCCAGCAGAGUGGCUGGAAGAGAGAGAAGAGCCAGGUGGGAUUUAAACACCGAUAAGGCUCAACUGCUUGGCUUGAGCACUGCAACCCUGAGAUGGAGGGGACGUCUCCAAAGAACCCAACACCUCUUUUUUUGUCUUUUCUUUUUCCCCCCCUUUUUUUCCCUAAAUCUUGCAAUGGAGUGUGGAGGAGGAAGGAGGAUCCCAAAAGCCAUUAUCUUCUGCUGGUUGUUCAAUGCACCACUGCUGCUAUGUCAUGCUAGAGAGGGCUGCAGAGCUGGAGCAUUUGUGUCCCCCCUCUUCGUGUCCCUCAGGGCCGGCAGAGGCAGUGCCAUGACCGCCACUGCCCAGGAGGACCAAGCUCAUGGACCAUUCCGUACUUUUUGCAUCCCAGACGGGAGGGAUGAUGCUACCUGGACAGAUGCUAGAAGAGCUGGUUCCCCAGAGGACCCGUGAGGGACCUCACAGACCUCCAUCCCAACAGCAUCUAACGCAACCUGUGUCUCGCACGUUGUCACUCACCGGCGCUUGGACGUGAAGUCGCGGGUUCCUCACAGGGCAGUGGGAGAGGGGCUGGGUGGCCUCUUUGUGCUCCCUCUGCCUCCGUGUGCCCAUGGAACAGAUGUCUCCACCCACAUGAACCAGCAGCAGCUAUGCAAGUACAAACCACUUGAGUCUUCUACCUGUGUGUGUUCUCACACGAGCCAGCCAGAAGCUGCUACAGCCGGGGUGUAAGAUGGGAAGGCAAGUCACAUCCUCCAGUCUGUGUGGGCUCUGAGCACAGUGUGUUGUACUGCAAGGGCAGGAUGUUCCUUGUUUUCAGGUAAAAACUAAGAAUACCAGCACAAGUCCCAGAGGAUUCAUUUCUUUUCCAGUUCCAGCUCCUUUGCAAUGCAGCAGAGGGAAAUGCCAAGCUCCACAGUUCAGGUGGAUCCAUCCCUGGAGGCUGACAGGCGGGGGUGGGGGAGGGACAGGGGUUUCCCUACACGAUUUUCCAUUUUGCAGCUCUUCCUGAAACAAAGUGCUUUGCUUGGCUAAGCCAAGGAAAGGACAUACACAGAACAGCAGGUCAAAGACUCUGGCUCACCUUGGAAGUUCUUGGGGAUCUGAGAUGGGCUGUGAAACUCAGUCACUCUUCCCUCCAGUGGUGGUGUUUGUGUAGCUUAUUAUUUCUGUUUGAUGGGGUGGGAAAAGAGAAGGGAAUCACCUUGUGAGACAUGGUGGAAAGCAGAGGCAUCACCCUCUGCGCCUCAGCUGAUAUGCAGAGUGCUGCUCUUGUAGUGAAACACUCCUUGUCUGGUGGGGGCCUGGCUCGAGGGUGUGGUGGGCUCUGCUUUUUCUUGCUGAUAGGGAACUCCCCUGAUCCUGAGCACAGCAGAGCCGUCUGGGAGUCAGCUGGGGCUGAGCCUGACUGUAUGUGUCUCCUGAGAGCCCUCGCAGUUGUCCCCCAGCCGCGCUUGGGGUUGGUGAAGCUGCAGUCAGAGCAGUGAGGAGCUGGGGGUACUGCUCAGCUUCGUUCCAGGCUGGUCAUUCCCUUGGUCCCAGCCGGAUCUGGAGGGGAGGGAAGAGCAGUGCAGGCAGUGCAGCAACCCAGAGGGAAUCCCUGUCUCACUGGUGGCAAGUGUCUCAGUUUGUGCAUCUCCCAGAGCUGUGCAGGAUGGGAGCUGGGAGCCAAGUGCCGUGGGGUCAGGGGCUGGGGCUGGAGGCUGGGGCUGGCACAGUGUCCUGGGUCACCAAGGCCUCGUUUGGGCACAGGGCACAGUUUAAGAACAAAAGUAAAUAAACUCAAUUUCUGUAA